AUAAAUGGUAGUGCAUUGCUGAAAUGAUUCAUUGUAAUUUCCACAUCUCACCUGCAUAGAGUGCAAUUGCAUUAUUGGAGAAAACAAUAUAAAACUUGAAAUUUCAGAAAAUGUCGCUGAAGAUUGUGUUUGUUAUCGCUGCCUUCAUCGGUGCUAUUGCUGCCCAGCACUAUUACCAGCAACCUCAUCACAGUCACCAUGAGGAAGAACACCAUGCUCCGGCACACUACGAGUUCCAAUACGAUAUCCACGAUGACCAUACCGGAGAUGUGCACGGACAGAAGGAAUCUCGCAAGGAGCACCAGACCCAGGGAGAAUACUACCUGAUUGAUGCCGAUGGCCACAAGCGCACUGUCACUUACCAUGUUGAUGGCAAGAGUGGAUUCAUCGCUCAGGUGCACCGUGAGCCAAUCAAGGGAUACCAGGCUCCCCAACCAGUGCACAAGAUUGUGGUUGCUCCAGUGCAACAGCAUCAUCAUCAUUAUUAAAUAGCUGUUGAUUCAAAUAAGCUAAGUAGUGAAAUUCAAAACAUAGAUAAUUAUGAAAAAUAAAUCAAAUAAAGUUUAAAACUGUUUAACCUGGAAUUUUUGAAACUGGAUUCAUCGCCAUAAUAAAAGCCUAUUUCAUCAUCUACCUGAGGAAAGCAAAUAAGGAUUGGGAUAGGAAUAGAGAGAGGUAGAGAAAUAGGAAAAGAUAUCCUGGAAAAGGGCUUCAAAGCAUAAGCGUUUUA